AUGGCGAGUGGCGCAGGCUCAGCGUCGGUCCCGGGCUCUACGUCUGCAACGGACACAUCAUCAACGCCAUAUUCCAGCAAUCCCGGUUCAACCCAACCCCUGAGCCCCAAUCCUAGCCUGAGUCGAAGGCCAGUAACUCCGGGGUCGCCAAGUUCCGGCAGCAGUACGACACCUCUAUCGUUACCUUCUCCUAUGCCAAGCAGCACGCACAACCCUGCGGGUGUGUUAUCUGGGGAUAGCCCAGUAAACCCUACCUCCACGCCAGCUACUACCUUUGCAGACACGGGUGUUGCGGCAGCAUCAGCCAGUACUACCUCCACGCCAGCUGUUGCCUUUGCAAACACGGGUGUUGCGGCAGCAUCUGCUGGUACUACGGCCUCGUUCCCUUCUUCUUCCACUGCUGGCAUAGUGGCGGCAUCACACACAACGAAAACAGCUAUUAUUGCAGGUGUUGUGGGUGGCCUGGGCGGUUUGAUGCUCUUCAUCACGCUCGGACUCUUCCUCUAUGUCCGAAAGCGUCGUCGCCAGCACGCCAAACCGUUCUACUUCGAGAGCGUACCCGCUGCCGGCUUCUACUACUCUGCAACGCCCACUCCUCGCACGCCCAACGGCCCGCACACGCCCUCCAGCGCCUACUUCAUGACCGCGCGCUCUCCGUCGCCGCCGGCGUCCCAGACAUCGCACACUUCGCAGUACGCCACUGUCGCGCGCGCCAACACGAUGAGCACCAUGCGCAGCCCCUCCAUGCGCGCGAAUAUCAGCCCGUUGCUGAUUGUGCAAACUUCGCCGCGCUCGGAGGAGAGCUACCACACCGCCGAGGAACCCGAUCCGUUCGCGGGCCCCCAUGCGAUGGCGCAGAUGCGUCCGCGGAUACCCGCUGUGAGCCCGACGAUUCGAGUGUCGGACACGACUCUUGUGGAUCCCAACAGUCGGCUGAGCGUGAUUAAGAACCUCGAUGGUCCUGGCUCAACCGCGGAGACAAAGCUGCCUCAAGACCCGCUGUUGAUGCCGCCGCCCGCUUUGGCCCCAGCGGAAAGUAGGAUGAACAGACUAUCGCACGGCUCAUUUGAAGGCGACCUGCCGUCUCCGGCGAGCUCGGUGGAUGCGGGAUGCGCUAUAUAA